AUGGAUUCGGAAUGGGACAAAAGUGUUGCAAGAGUUAUAUUGGGAGCAGUGCACACCAAUGCUGAGCUUGAUGAACUUGGUAUAACCUCGGACACCAUUGCAGCAGUUACAAGGAAUGUGCUUGAAGUCUCAAAUGAGAUUCAAAAUGCCCAAAUUGCAGCACAGGACAUGGUAAAUCUGAAUAUCAAAGAGAAAAUAACCAAAGGUCGUGCUGCGGCAGAGGGUAAGCAACAUCUGUUGCAAAGGAAGCAGUCAGUCUCGCCACAAACAAAACUACAGGAGUUAGAAGAAGAGAUCGAAGAACUUGAGGGCAAUGUGGAAGAUAUGAAGCUUAUGCUAGAGGGAUCAUCCAAGCAGCAUCAUAUGAGACUACAAAGAAUGUGCAAGCGUAAAGCAGACAAUCUCAUUGAAAGCAACAGACUGAAAAGACGCCGCUUAGGAGAUCAAGGUAAUAAUAAAUUAAUAAAUGUAAAAGUUGUAAUAUCUUUCAUGGAAACAGCCAGAUGGAUUGACUAGCAGGUACUUGGAAGUAUACCAAAUUUUGUUCGUUGUUGGUAUUGUUAAAGUACAUGUAAAGCGGUAUGGUCUUCUAUAUUUACAUUGCACAGGUAGGCCAAGACUACUAGACAGUGAUGAUGAGGAGUUCAUCUGUAAAGCUAUCGAAGACAAGGCUACAUAUCAUGGUCGCCGUUCUGAGCCGACCAUGUACACCAACAGACGUGUUAAGGUCAGAGACUUGAUGGGGAUUGCUAACUUCAACCUGUCCAAGAGAGGGAAAUUGCCAGUGAAAUCUGCCAUCACUGUGUUAAACAGGUCAAGAGCAAGGAACAAACGGAGCAUUCAAGGGAAGAAGCACAUUGGUGAGAAUAAUGUGCGUUUACACAUGUACCAUAACUCUGCCAGGGUCAACACAGGAAAAGUCAUGGAAAGCCGUUGAAUUUGAAAUUUGUAUACCAGGCCUGUAAAAGUCAUGGAAUUCAGAAAAAUGUUUUCAGGUCAUGGAAUGUUAGAUUUUUAUCACAAUUCUGUUUUGAGUUGAUAAAAAAGAACAGUGCUGGCUCUCGGAUUAUGAGAUUAAGGAAUUGUAUCAGAAGUCAUGGAAAUGUCAUGGAAUUUUGCACACAAGCUUCUGUGUGAGCCCUGUCUGCUGGUAUUUGUCGAUAAAGCAAAAAAUAUAUAAACGCUACAGUAUUAAAGAGGUAUCAAAAUUUAUUUUCCAGGGAAAAGUCUCUUCUGCACCAGAAAACCACCCAAGACAGCUGAGGCCUACAAUGAGAACACCCAUUACCAAAGAGCACACAAGAAACAUGUUCUGCGGUCCUUCUUUUCGUCAGAGAACAAUGCUGAACCAGGAUACUGUUUUGCCAGAAGCAUAGAUGACAAGGCUUACAUCAGGCCAGGUAUACCAGCAUAUUCUGUAGAUUCACUGGCCCCUGUGGUGUUUUGUGAUUGUGGUGUGUGAUGGUUGAGAUAAAUAUCCUACAAAUAAUCUAACAGCUAAAAGAGACUGAAGUCCACAACAGUCCAUGUAAAUGCAAAUAAUAUGAUCCUGUUAUCAAUAAUAUUUAAGAGAUAAAAACUAUUUUAAAAAUGCAUCAAUGUUAAAAAAUUGUACGAGGUAUGAUAUAUCUAUUGUAGUUUACUGAAAGACCCUUUUCUUUAUAAAGUUGUUUUAUACAGUCAUGCUUUAAGCAAUGCUGUUUGCCUUACUCACACCUUUUUGUUUUGUAUAGGAACUCCUGAAGGGUUUGCAAAUGUGCGGCAAAACCGCAUAUUGACUCCAGCGGCUGAAGAUAGAACAAGAAAGCUACCGAAGUAUGAUUGGCCAGAAAGAAUGGUAUAUGUCACUCCCUCAACUCACAGAAUUCUGCACAAGGAAGGUGGUGAUCUUAUGAUUCUUUAAUGAAAUAUGAGCAUAUAAAGAAGUUACCUUUUGAAGUUGACAGGAUCUCUAAAGUAUUAUUUUGAUUGUCAAUUAUAGGAAUUGUUUACAAGGAGGUUUACCCUAGCAUUAAGGUCACCCUAGUGCGUUAUAAUUUCUUCUUCUUUUUUUAAAUGUUAUGCUGUGUUGCUCAUAUGUGAAGAUGUUUGUUAAAAAAGAGACAUUGUUAAAGGGUAGCCCUUGUGCCAGGGUGACCCUAGUGCUAGGGCAACCCAACUCCCUUGUAAACAGGCCCUAAUUUUAGUUUCCUUUUUUUUUCCUAGCUGUGAUAGUAGAAGGGGAGGAAAAGCUAAUGAAUAAAGAUGACACCCACAUUGUAUUUGUCCGCCCCAAGGCACUAGUGGACUCCUCUGGCACAACAUGGGCUAAUGAAACUGAACGCCUCAGAAGUAUGUUUCCUGAUAAGUUUGAGGUACUAGAAGGCGGAAGUCAGGUAAACUAUUCAGCUCAUUUCAGAGGUGUUUGUGCAAGAAUUCAUGACGAUGUCAGGCUGUUCAUUGAAAUGACAGUAGCUGAAGAUCUAGAGAGGGUUUGUAAUAGCCCUGAGAACAUUCAUUACAAGUACGAAAGUGAAAGGAUUUCUCACCUGGUGGCUAGGCUGGAGACAUCCUUAACUUCUUGUGAAGUAAAUCAUUUCAGUGAAACAGAGUCAUCCAUUGUUGCAAGAGAUAUCGUACCUCAGUUGACCAAACUCAUUCAAGAAGGAGAAGCACUCAAUGGUGAGUUGAUCCGAAUUGCAUGUACUGCUGACUUGCAAAAACAGUACAGCACAUACAUUGCAACUUGUAAUGGACUGUUAGAGAAACUUGCAGAGUUGAAGUUGCCACCUGUGAAGCCAAGAUGGGUCGAUUUCACAGAUGCUGGUCCAGGAGUCGGCUGCAGUAACUUCGAGGUGAGAUUCAGGGAUGCAGAAUUGGCACUAAUUCAUAAUAGUGACUAUCGCAUUCGAGUUCACCCCUCCCGAGAGAACUCUGCUGACAACGAAGCGGAAAGAACUAACAGCGCUAUCGGAGACAGUAUUGUUGAUGGCUCAAGCAUUCAGUGGGAGCAGUACAAGAAAUUUGAUGGCUUAAGUGAUGAAGAAAUUAGCACCCUUACUUUGAAAGAAUAUGAAGAGCACGAGAGGCAGAGGAUGGAGAAAAACGCCUGGCACUGUGCAGGAGAAAUUUCCAAACGAAUUGAUGGUGCGCCAGUAUUCAAUGAGGUCAUUCAGUGCUUUGUAACAGAAAAGAAGAACCCGUUUUUCUUCAACAAGACGUACCUUACACAGUAUUCCAGUGCAGGGAGCACUCUGCAAAAGAAAUCUGUUCCUGGAUAUUAUUACAUUACAAAGAUUAUGAACUUCAUUGAAAAACACUACUGCGUUGGGGAACUGUACAUGGAGUAUGUGAGAGAAGGAUGUCUGGAGAAAGAUGGAAUGCUGUGCAAACGGUGCGGAAAGGCAGAGUGGGUUGGGCCAAAGUUUUCACGAAUUCCUGCACCUUAUCCAGAUCCUGACAAUGCAGGUCACUACCUUCCUCUUUCUAAGACACCAAGAACGAUCAAUGGGAAGGCUAGAGCCAUAGAUGAUCUUGCCCCUAGGGCAAAUAUCAGAAAGUUGUUCAAGGAUGGAUCCAUCUCAUCAAGCAACUGUGAGAAACUGAGAACAUUUUCUGAAGAAUUUUGUGUUGAAGAGAAGCAUGUUGUUAGCUAUGUUAAGCAUUUGGAACAGCUAGCAACAGUUGCUAGUAUCAGAGAAAGAGAGAGAAGAUUGAAUCGAACCAUUGAAGAGGGCAAGCAGUAUCAGGACUAUAACUGGUCUGAUUUAAUUGAAUCUGGAAAGGUGAGCAAACUGAAAGUAAAAGAGCUGGACAAGUACCUCAAGGAACACCAACUUCCAUCUGCUGGCAAGAAACCAGACAAAUUGAAAAGGAUCACUGCAGAUUUCUAUCUCAGAAAUGACGAGGUGGCCACCUCAGAAGACAAGCCAGCUGACCCUGACAGUGGUUCUCUUUGGGAAUCUGACUCGGAUGACGACGAUGUCUUAGCUGUCAUUGGUGAUAGUGACACCGAUGAAGACUCUACAGUUGAGCCACUUCAGACCACGGAUAGUGACACCGAUGGUGAUGGUGACACCGAUGAAGACUCUACAGUUGAGCCACUUCAGGCCACGGAAACAGAGACG